UUGCAUAUAAAUGUGGUAACACUUACAUUGUAGAGUACGUGUACUGAGUUGAUUGUCAUUUGUCAACUGUUGGUGUGUUAGGUAACUCGGGAUGUUGAGAAAAUGUGUUAUUUGUAUUGUUAUGUGUGUUGUCGUGUGUUAUGUGGAGGCGAAAGAAGCGUACUCGCCUGGUGAGAGGGAAUGUAUGAAAUACGGCGGGCUGUGUGUAUUAGAGGGAACCUGCCGUGAAGGCAACUUGGCGCGCACGCAGGGACUUUGUCAAACUGAGCCUAAACGCAUGGAAUGCUGUCACGGACUUCCGAAGACAGCUACGGGAUGUCACGCACAAGGUGGAGAAUGUUUUCCUGGAUCCUACAGAUGCCAGAGACAAAUCAGCGCCGAUGACUGUAUUGAAGGCGAAACAUGCUGCCUAUUAACGCAUUAAAAAUGUAUCUUUUCAA